AGUUGGGCUUGCGACCAACACACACCUGGGGCAGCUAUAAAAGCGCGCCCUACCAUUUUCCUCUUCAUUCAGAUCCACGUUGCUGUUCAGUACACAUCGUGUGUUCAGUGCUCCGAGUGUUAUGUCGUACGAGAUGUUGUCCGUAGAAGAGCCGCAGCCCAUUUCGCGUACUUACCAGUACCGCAAGGUGAUGAAGCCCAUGCUCGAGCGAAAACGCCGGGCCAGAAUAAACCGAUGCCUCGACGAGUUGAAGGAGUUGAUGGUCACGGCCCUUCAAAGCGAGGGCGAAAACGUGUCCAAGCUGGAGAAGGCCGACAUCCUGGAACUGACAGUACGCCAUCUCCACAAGCUGAGGCGGCAGCAAAGGCUGUCUGCCAACCCCGUCAUCGACGCCGACAGGUUCCGUGCGGGGUACACCCACUGCGCCAACGAAGUCUCCAGAUGUCUGGCGUCAAUUCCCCACGUGGACGUCCAGUUGGGUACCAAAUUGAUGACCCAUUUGGGACAUCGACUCAACGAGAUGGAUAAAGUGUCGCCUUUAGUGAUCCAAGUUUCGAAUCCGUAUACGCCACCAGGGUCACCCGUUCCCGAAGGUAUGACCAACGUGUACUCGAUGCCUUUGACUCCUGCGUCCUCGACGUCUUCGAGGCACGCGCCGUCGCCUAACCAGCCCAUUGACUGCUCCACCGCAGGGUUGCUCAAGGUGGCCCAGAAAUCUGAAGAUGUGUGGAGGCCGUGGUGAAGAACUCGAGUGGUUUUUUGUAAAUAUCUCUGAUGUCUCACAACGUCUUUCAAUUAUUAUUUGCUCAAUCGCUUUAAGGUUAGGUUUUAGUUGAUAGAGAUGAUCUCUUUCAUGAUGAAAGCUUUAAAUUGUUAUUUUUAAGGAAUUGUUAGAUUUUGUGAUAUUUAUUCAAGUUGGUACCUGUGAUCUUGUAAGGCUUUUUCGAUGUCAAAUAAUCAAAAUAUUUUGAUGCCUUGUUUGUAAUAUUGAAUGACUUUGUAUUGCAAGCACUACUGUGAUACAUGUUUGUAUUUUUGAUACGAAAAUACUUUGAAAAUAAAUACGACUGUUACAUAAACCUA